AUUGACAGGAUAUUCUGGAGGCACGGCAGGCGAGUAAUCUGGCAAACUGACCACAGCCACACCGUCUGACUAUAGACAGAUCAUUUUUUUCAACGAAAUUCCGCCCCAAGUCGGGAACUUCAUCGCGUUUUGAUGCCAAAAUAUUGGCCAGAAAGUACCAUCCAUGGACUUCCAACUCUGAUGUUCGUGUUUGAGCGCUGAUAAUGAUGAAGAUGAAGCUGCGAGCGGCGGGAGGCGAAAAUCACCGAUGCGACUUGAAUUCCGUUAACGGAUCCGAUCGGGAGAGCGGCACCGGAGCGGCUCAGCUCGACAAAGAGGCGGUAUUCGAGUGGUUCGGCUUACAGCUGAACCCAUCCGGACGCGUGGAGCUGCUUUGCGGGCUGCUGCAUAUGUGUCAGCCGCUGGAGCUACGCUUCCUCGGCGCCUGUCUGGAGGAUCUGGCCCGGAGAGAUUUCACCGUCCUGCGAGAUUAUGAGAUCCGGGCCAACUGCCCCGCUGAUCUGGAGGGGCUGGUGGACGUAAGCGACCCCGUUGUGCUGUCUAAACUGCUCGUUUAUUUGUCUUUGCUCGGAUCCAAGAGCAGGGAAUGCGCCGGGAUUCUCUUCCGGACGUUGAGUCGAAUGGACGCCGGGAUGUGCGGCGCUCUACCGGAGCCGGAGACUGUGGAUCAGCUGCGGCUGCUCUUCACGAUGGGAUCGUUACACCCGGCGUUCAGUUUCUAUCAGCGGGAAGAGCUGCGAGCGCAGUUGGACAGACUCCAAAGAUGGAGCCAGUUUUCCAGGCCGGGGUUCCUCUGUCCACACCGGAAGAAUGACGUAGACUGGACUCUUUGCGGCAACGCCAAUCCACACCUCAGCGGCACGUCGCAGAUGGAAGGUAUCUCGCCUCCGCAUGUGAAAUGGUCAGACUCUUCAUCUACUGCCGUCACCAAAAGUCACCGUGAGUUGGAGGAUUUUCUAUUAAAGCUUCCUAAGGAGCAGAGUCCAGAUGGCUUUGAGAAGGGCAUCGUCAGGUUACUCAGUCGUGGAGAUCAAUGUGAAUCCAGAGAACUGGAGAGAAACCUCAGGGAGAAGUUCCUGUCUUUAUCACAGGAUGUCCUUCAGAGAUGUGAUGUUUCCAGGUUCUUCCUGUCUGAUGCGUCUGUACUGCCAUGCAGCCACUGUACCAGUGCGCCCGUAGCCAGAAUCCAUCAGCCUGAACGCGGUUUCUCUGAGGACUGCUCGGAGACUUCCAGCCUGGAGGAGGAUGUGGAGGCUUACAGCGUCAGAGCUGCGGGACUGAGUAAUCAGCGCUCUGAAUGCCAGAGGAGAGGAAACUGUGAGCAGAAUGGAGAGAGAGUUUGGAAGAAAGAAACUGAAUUGGAACAGAGCUGCACAAAUGACAGAAGAAUCUUCACAGCUGGACAGAAGAACAAAGGAAGGCCAGCUGGAAAAAGGGAUAGAGGCAGACGAGUUACCGGUGUCAAGACUUCUAAUGGAAUCCAGAAACCUUCUGCAGCACUGAUGAUCAACCAGGCAGCUUGCAAAGACACAGGAAGGGACCGAUAUGGGGACACAUCAUCAGAGAGCUCAAACUCCGUGCCGUCCAGUCCUGUUCACCAGAAGAGCCUGGAGGACCAUGAUACAGAGAGUCAGUCUGAUAACUCAGCCCAGGAACCAGCUGAAAAGACUCACCUCGCCAAAGGCAUUGGCGGGAAAGCGGUUGCCAUGGUGAAUCUAUUAGUUGCCGAGCCCCAGAAUGUUCCGCAGCCUCCUUCAGUGUUGGAGCUGUCGCUGACCGCGUGCCUCCCUUACGCCCUGCAGUACAACACCACCACCCAGAGAGACGCGGGGCAGGGUAAGAUAACCAUCACCAUCCCGCUGGCCCAAGACCCUCGAGCAUCAUCGGCCAGCGCUCACCCACAGCAACAGCCACCACUGGGGGCUUUCAGCGUCCUCUCGCCCGGCCAGUGUCCUCUGCAGCCCGCCAACAACCCCGUCAAAACAAACGCCAACGCCCCUUCCAGCUCAAAUUCCUGCAGUAGCCAAGUACCAGGACCUUGCCCCACAACUGUACCCACGCACACCCCGGGACCGGGGCCCCUGCCAGCCCCUGCGGUCACACACAGCACCGCUCAGAGCGAUUCUUUGUCCUACAUCAACAGCUCCAGCCUGCCAGUUACGCCACAGGCCAGUGGUACACAGCAGCAGCAGCAGGGGGGCUGCAACGCUUGCGGCUGCCGUGGCACCUGUGGAGGAAACGGUGCCCACCUGACACCCAGCUACUUCCUGCCGCCCCAACCCCAACCUGCCCGUCAGAUUUUCGGGCCACCGCCUGCAUUCUUCCAUCUCCCUCCCUCUCUAUGCAACAGUUUCCCUGCCCAGGGUCACCAGAAUAACAGGACGCCGCUGCCCUUCUACCCCCACACCGGUCCUCCUGCGGCGUUCCUGCAUGCUCACUCGGAGCACAUGCUGGCGUCGCAGGCGGGAUACAGUCUGCCUCAGAUGCACCCCUUCCGUCGCUUUUACCCACCUGUCUUUCCGCCAGUUGGCGGAAUGAUGUCUAGCGGAACCAACAUGAAGAAGACCAACAACGUGUCCUGCUAUAACUGUGGCUUGAGCGGACAUUAUGCUCAAGACUGCAAGCAACCAUCCAUUGACGCCGGGCUGACAGGUGGUUUCCGGCUGAAGUACGUUGCCCCAAACUCCUCAGAAGCAUUAGAUAAAACCGAUUGACAGCGAGCAGGGGACCAAAGCCCGGCGAGCCAGCGAUUCCAGAGACCCUUGAGAUAGACUUCUGCUCUGUUUGUAUAAGCAUCCUUGUCCGGAGAGCAAAAAAA